CUUGUAGGCCAAACCCCUCUGGCAAUUGAAUCAUAUGAGCACGAGUGAUAUAUGUUUUUUAAUACCUCUCCAUGGCGGGCGAAAGUGGACUUCUUAGACUUUGACUGCACAUUGCAAUUCCCCCCUUUUAAUUUCACAUUUCCUUCCUCUCCUCACAACAAUUGUUAUUACUGCGAUGAAGAGGCCUCCUGUAAUACUGCGCAAAUUUCAGGAAUCCGACCUGGACGAUUUCAUGGAGUGGGCGACGGACGAGGAGGUGUAUCGUUUCUCCAUGCGGGAAACUUUUAAAUCCAGGGAAGAGGCGGAAAUCUACAUUAAAAAGAAAAGCGUGGAGCGCCCCUGGUGGAAGGCCAUUUGCUUGGAGGGCAGGGUUGUGGGCGCCAUUAACCUGAAAAGAGUAAUCGGCGAUUCCUCGUGUAGGGCGGAGAUCGGAUACUGCUUGGCGCGCAGGUGGUGGGGGAAGGGCGUGGCCGCUGAAGCCGUUAAGUUGUGCGUGUCUAGGGCUUUUACUGACAUCCCUGGUCUGGAGCGAAUCGAAGGCCUGGUGGAGUCCGAAAACGUGGCGUCUCAGAGUGUCCUGGAGAAGGCUGGAUUUGUCAAGGAAGGACUGCUCUGCAAAUAUUUUACCUUCAAGGGGAAAACCAGGGACUUCUAUAGCUACUGCUUUCUUUCUCAAGAUUUGCCCCAAUGUGUUUAAUUGGUGGUCUGUAGCUGUGCAGUUAGUCCACAAAGCAGAGCAUUAUGUCAAUUUAACUAUUUAUUAAAGUUAUGUCACUUCUAUGAACUUCCUAUUAAUAUUUUGGAUUAUA